UUCUGGUCAGCGCAUUGUGUAUCACGCUUUGUCGACUGGCGUUUACAACAAACGUUUUUGUGUUUAUUAAAGUGUGAAUUUUCAGCGUGCGGUUUUUAUUGAUUUGACGCAAAUUCGUCAAAUAAAUCUUUUGGUGUAUUAUAAUAGUGUAUGGCAGUUAACCUCAUUGUAAUAGAACAAUCUUUUUCGUCAUUUUCAUAAUGACGGUUGUGCAACUUGAAAAAUAUAUUUUUGUUCGUGACAGAAGCACAAGACUUGACUAGUGACAGUACAGUGCUGUAAACAUUGUAAGAGUAAAUAAUAAAUAAUUGGUGUCUUUAUGUUCAUUUGCGUUAGAUUGAUAAGUGCCAGAUAAUAAAUGUUUGUCGGGGAUUUGUUCUAGUAUUUUUUUUCAAUUGAGAUUUUAAAAUAUUAUAAUGUCUUGAUUGAUUGUGAAUGUAUUAGCUUUUUGCAAUAAUUCAGUUUUGUGUUUGACAAAUCAGAGGUUAGAAUCAAGGCGGACGGUUUCCUUCGCAUAGUGAAGCAAAGUGAUUGUUUUCUGACGCGUUUGUAUAAUAGUUUAGAUUUAUUUUUGUAAAGAAACGAAUUAUAGGUGUUAAUUAAGGGUAAAUUUGUUAAAAUUCUGUGAUUUUUGUUUGAAUUGCGGCAUCACGAACAAGUCAAACUGUUGGUUUUUGUACGGGAGUGUUAGUAUGGUUGGUGUAUGAAAAAAUUAUGUGAUCGACGGUCAUUAUGGCGGCACCCAUGUUAAAGUGGAAGCGAAUCUCAAAUCCUGUCGGGCCACAACCAAGACCGCGUCAUGGACACAGAGCGGUUGCUAUCAAGGAUCUUAUGGUUGUUUUCGGCGGGGGUAACGAAGGAAUCGUCGAUGAACUUCAUAUCUACAAUACAGCAACAAAUCAAUGGUUUGUACCAUCAACAAAAGGAGAUAUUCCGCCAGGAUGUGCGGCAUACGGAUUUGUCGUGGAUGGAACAAGAAUUUUAGUCUUUGGAGGAAUGGUAGAAUAUGGAAAAUAUUCUAAUGAAUUGUAUGAGCUUCAAGCGAGCCGAUGGGAAUGGAAGAGGCUAAAGCCGAGACCACCGAAAAAUGAUCCACCACCGUGUCCUCGACUUGGUCAUAGUUUUACACUAAUUGGAAAUAAAGUAUUUCUAUUUGGAGGUUUAGCAAAUGACAGUGAUGAUCCAAAAAAUAAUAUACCGAGAUAUUUGAAUGAUCUUUAUACACUGGAACUUCUUCCCAAUGGUCAGACUGCUUGGGAAGUGCCUCAAACUUAUGGCCAUGCACCACCACCAAGAGAAUCGCAUACCGGUGUUGCUUACACUGAUAAAAAGACUGGUAAAUCAUGUCUAGUUGUCUACGGUGGUAUGAGUGGUUGUCGAUUAGGUGAUUUAUGGUUUCUCGAUGUUGAUACAAUGACCUGGAAUAAACCUGUUGUUCAUGGUCCAACUCCAUUACCUCGUUCAUUGCACACUGCAACGUUAAUUGAUCAUCGUAUGUACGUCUUUGGUGGAUGGGUCCCCCUUGUCGUCGAUGAUGUUAAAGUAGCCACACACGAGAAGGAAUGGAAAUGCACGAGUACUCUCGCAUGCUUAAAUCUAGAAACAUUAACAUGGGAACAAUUGACUGUCGAUUCACUCGAAGAGAAUGUUCCUCGUGCACGUGCUGGACAUUGUGCUGUGGGUGUUCACAGUAGAUUGUACGUAUGGUCCGGUAGAGACGGUUAUCGCAAAGCUUGGAAUAAUCAGGUAUGCUGCAAAGACUUAUGGUAUCUCGAAGUGAGUAAACCACCAGCUCCAUCACGAGUGCAACUUGUUCGUGCUUCAACUCAAUCGUUGGAAGUCAGUUGGAAUCCAACACCAUCGGCUCAAUAUUAUGUAUUGCAAAUACAAAAAUACGAUAUGCCACCAACAAGUAGUGCUUUCCCAACAACAACAACUCCAACAGCAGCCGCUGCACCAACACCAACGACGACAACAGCACCAACAACACCAAUAUCGUCAACUCCAAUUUCCACAGUUGCUUCUUUACCAAGUACGGUUACGGCCGCGAAGGCAAAUAUCCCACAAGGUAUUCGUGCUUCCGCUGCUGUUCAAUUUCCAACACAAAAACUUAUAACAUCGACUGUCAUUAAUAAACCAGCAAGUCCAAUUACACCACGAGUUGCCGCCAAUGUCAUUCGAAUUCGUUCGCCAUUAGUUACAACAAUAGCUGCCACCACUGAACAAACACCACCAGUCAACACUACAAACACUGGACAAACACCAGCGGCAAUGUCAGGUAUUGCCGCAUUAGCCGCUGCCGCUGCUUCAUCACCCAAAAUAAGUAUGAACAACGUUCCAAUAUUACCACAAAGCGCAACUAAUACAAUACGCGUAAAGGGCGUACAACCUGGUCAACAAAUACGUUUCGCAGCACCAGGAGCAACUGUUUUACGUGCAGCUACACCACAACAAAGUAAACAAAUCAUUUUACAAAAACCCGGACAAAAUAUUGCCGGUCAACCGCAAAUUGUUCAUCUUCUUAAGACUGGGCAGGGUGUUGUCACCAUGCCAAAAGUUAGUUUAAUUCCUGGAAAAACAGUUGCCACCACAGGUGCUAAACCAUUAAAUCAAGGACCAACGAUAUUGAGACUCGUUAAUCCAAAUACUGUUGCCGGUUCAAAAAUUCUCACAACAAUGAAAUCAUCGGGUAUUGUUGCAAUGAGCAAAGGUCAAAGUAUUGCCGGUAAACAGACAAUAAUGAUCACAAAACCUGGUGGUAAUGGUGGCCUCGUUGGUAGAACUAAUCAAAUAAUUGUCGUUACCACUGGCUCUGGAUUAAGAGCCGUACAAGCCGUUACAACAACACAAGCUGGCGCUGGACAAGGAGGAACUAUUACAACACCCGUCAAUGUUUUGCCAUUGUCAGCCGCUAAUCAUGUGACAAAUCAACAAGGUGUGAAAAUGAUUGUUGUCUCAUCGGGUGCAAUGGUCGGUGGCACUGCUGGUAAACCAAUUACAAUUACAGUACCAGGUCAAGGUGGAAUUCCCAAAACAGUGACAAUUGCAACAAAAGCAGGCUCACAACAAGCAAUUUUCAAUCCGGGGAAAAGUCAAAUUGUUACUGUUCCACAAAUGCAAAAGAAUGCCGAGGCCGUUACUAUGGCUGGAAAACCGGUAACUUUACAAAUGUCUGGAGGAAUUGGAGCUAAAACUGUUACCCUUGUACCGACUAGCUCUUCAAUUGUUACUACUUCCGGCACUGCAGAAACUAUCGACGCAACCAAAGCGCUAUUUGUCCCAUCGCAAAAACAACCAUCAGCUUCUUUAGUGACAGCAACUACAUCUGAUGGACCAGCAACAACGGAUGCGGCAUUAGCUGCACUAGCCGCUGAGGCAGGUUUAAUUGAUCCAGUUCAAGAGCCAUCGGGUGGAAUUUCAUUUAUGGUAGCUGCUGAAGAUCCAUCGGAAAGAGAUGACAAGGCUGAUGAUGGUUGUAAUGGAAAUGAAGGAGUUGCACAGAUGGAUGCAGGCGAGCCAAUGCAAGUUGAUGGCGAUGGAAAUUUUAUAAUUCCACAAGUUGAUGGUGCUUUUGAUUUAUUUUUAUCUGAGGACGAGAACAAAGAUGCAGAAUCCGAUGGUGAACAAGCAGUUGAAAAUGUUGCUGAUCCACCAGUAGAAGAUGAAUCCCAAGAAAGUGAAACCGUUCAUGAAAAUGAAGCACCCAGUACAAGUGAGACAACGGAAGAGAAAGAAUCAUCGACAAAAGAGGCGGAUACCGAAUCAACGGCAGCUACAAGUGCAGAUUUAAUUACACCUGAUUCUAAUAUGGAAUCGGAGAAUGCAGUCGAAGGGGAAAUUAAUCCUGAAGUGACAGCGGCGUCAGCUACUGAAAAUGAAGAAGAGGAAGCAAAAGAAGAAGAAGAAGAAAUGUCUGCACUUGAAGUACCUAGUGAAAGUGAUAUGCAAGUAGAUCUCAAUUCUGAAGCAUUGCAGGAGCCUACAAAACCUGAAGAAUCAGCAUCUGAGGAUAUUGAACCGCCAACGGGACUAUUGGAAGAAUUGAAAGAAGAUGAGAAAAAAGAGGAAACGAAAGAAGAUGAAAAACUUGGAGAGGAAGAGCCUAAAGAUGAAACGAAAAAUGAUGAUGAUGAAAAAGAGGAUCAAAUGGACGAAGCUGAAUUAGAAUUAAAAUUACCAAAAGACGAUUCUGAAUUGGAAGAUGAAUGUACACCGGGUGAUAAAGAUACUGAGCCGGAUGUAUUACAAGAUGACAACGAAGCUGAGAAGGCAAUGGAUAUCAUGGAUUCGACGACAGAAGCUGACGAUGAAGCUAAUGCUGUGAAACUUGAAAAAGAAGAACAACAACAACAAGAGGAUGAGGUAGAUGAACCAAUGGAUACAGAUCCUUUACCCGAGUCUGAUGCAGUUGACAAUCUUGAUAAAGAUACCGCUGAAAUGGUGUUUGUUGAUGAAAAACCCAAAGAUCUCUUACUAUCUGUUAAGGAAUCAGAAGCAAAAUCACCCGUGACAAUUGUACAAAAACCUGUUGUACAAUCAACACCCAUACAAUCCGCGGUGAUUGAAAAAGAAAAAGAACCCGAGACUUUAACAACGAAAGUUGAUAAUAUAAUUAAAAUAGAACCAAAAGAAGCUGUUAAAGUGAAAAAUGAACCUGUUAGAGAAGAGAAAAAUGAUGAGAAUGGAGCUGAGACAAAUGAUGAUUCAGCUGCAUUAACCACUUUGGCGACUGCAGCUCUUGGAUCCACUGAAACACCCAUUAAAGUUAAAGCCGAACAGCGCGAAGAAAAGAAAAAGGAAAUUCAAUGGUAUGACGUUGGAGUUGUAAAAACAACAAAUUUCACUGUUCAACAUUAUUAUCUUCCAUCAGACGACGCUUUAGAUAUAAACACUGCAUUAACGACGGAUAUUUUCAAAAAUAAAGUUAAAAUUCCUUUGGAACCUGGUACAGCAUAUAAAUUUCGAGUCGCCGCUGUCAACACAUGCGGUCGUAGUCCUUGGAGCGAGGUGUCCGCUUUUAAAACGUGUCUUCCUGGAUUCCCUGGUGCCCCGAGCGCAAUUAAAAUUUCCAAAUCAUCAGAAGGCGCUCAACUCUCUUGGGAGCCACCGCCAAGUAAUUUGGGCCCAAUAUUGGAAUAUUCCGUCUAUCUGGCAGUGAGAAGUGCAAGUGCGACACCGAACAAUACUGGUGAAGCGACAACUGUGGCAACGACACCCACACAAUUAGCAUUCAUCAGAGUUUAUUGUGGACCCACCAAUGCUUGUUCAGUACCAAAUAGUUCCCUUAGUGCGGCUCACGUUGAUACAACAACUAAGCCCGCCAUCAUUUUUAGAAUAGCUGCCAGAAACGACAAAGGUUAUGGACCCGCAACACAAGUCAGGUGGCUUCAAGAUCCUACCACGACAGGAAAGAGCAAUCCUCAAGUUAAGAGACCUGUGACGGAUGUUAGACCUCAUGCAGGAUCGCCAAUGAAGAAAGUGAAGUCAGAAGUCACGGGUGAUAAUUUCUCGUGAGCUAUUUUUGUCUCAUUGAAUUAAUUGGAAAAUGAAAAAGGCCCCCCUUAUUAAUUAUUAUUAUUAUUAAAUGUCCAUUAGUAUCGAACCAAAUAAUGUCAACAAAAAAAAAUUGACAUUAACUUCAGUUUGAUACUAAUCGGAUGCAUGUAACAAGAACAUAGGGAAAAAAAAGUGGUACGCGAUUCGUUAAAAAAAAAGAAAAGAAAGAAAAAAAAUUGCAAAAUGUCUUCAUCUUAAAGUACUCUAUUAAUGUAAUAUGAUACCACGAAAAUAGUUUUGUCCAUCAAAGUCCUGGAUCACGAGAAAGACGCUAGAAUAUAUUUUCAAGCAUUAACAAGACUUUGAGGCAAUAUUUUUUCCUCAAUGAAGGGAAUCCUAUCUUAUUCAGUUUACAUUAAUCUUUUAAUUUUUUUUUCUUUUUGCAGAAUCAGAGCACAAAUACUUAUAUAUAUAAAUAUAUAUAAUGUAAAAGAAAGUCACUGCACUGUUUCAUUAAUUAAAGUGUUAUUUCUGGUGCAGAAAAAAAAUAGCAAGUCUUAGGAAGUAAAAAAAAAAAUAAAAUAAAAUAAUAACUUUUUCUUUGAAAAUAAUUUUCAUUAUGACAAAUACGAUUUGAAUGUGCUUCUCGUUGCUUAUUAAGAUCAAUUUAUUGUUUAAAAUGAAUUUGCUCUGUCGUUAAAUUGUAAGGACCUUUUUUACAUAUAAAUCGUAGAAAAGCUUUGGAUAUUAUGUGUUUUUUCAAUUUUUUUUUCUUCUUUUUUUUUAUAAUAAAAUUUAUUACAAAAAUACUAAGUGCUGUUUAGAAUUUCAAGUUACAUUUCAUUUUUUUUUCGUCAAUUAUGUGAGAAAUAAUUAAUAAUGAGAGGGGGAAAAAAUAAUUUUGCAGUGAUUUUACUAUUUUUUUCUUGCUUGACAAUUAAUUGAACAAGAAUUUUGCUGGUCAUUUUACAUAUACUGAAAGAGUAAAAUUACCUUUCAAUAUUGUUAUUUUGUAACAAUAUAUAAAUAUAUUUUUCUUUUUUGGGGGAAAAUAUAAAAAAACGUCCGUUUUUACCAAUUGAAAAUUUCAAUAAUUUAAAAAAAUCCCUUAAAUUCAUAUUUAGGAUAAUUUUUAAGGCUUAUAUUCAGAAUGACAAAUGUAAAAAGAAAACCUUGUAAAAGUCUCAUCUUCUUUCCAAAAUAGCCUUUACAAAAUAUUCAAAAAAAAAAAAAAAAAAACAAAAAAAAAAGAAAAAGAACUAAUAAUUGUGAAUUUACAUAUGGGAAGAAAAUAGAAUUCAUAAUUGAAAUCUUUUCGACGCUGUGUUUUAAUAUCGCCGUUAAUCAAAUUUUCUGUAUAUUCAAGUUCUUUAUCGAUAUAUAUUAUUGAACUUUACAACGCAGCGUAGAAAAAGAUAUUUUCUCGUCAAUUCGAUUUCUAUUUUCUUCAUUUAUUAUUAUUAUUAUUAUUUUUUUAAUGAAAAAAGGGGGAAACAUUUUAAAUAAUUUAUUUUCUUUUUAAAAUGAAAACAAAAAAAAAAAAAAAAUUUUUUUGUACUCUAUUGAAAAUUUUAAUAAUUUCUCGUUGAUUUUUGCAAGACGUAAAAAUAAAAAAAAGAACAUUUUAAAUCUUGCAUAAUAAGUUUACUUAGAUUAUAAAUAUGAUUUCUUGUUUUAUUGAUAAAUAUUUGUAACAAUUAAGUCCAGAGAAUAUUAUGUUAACGAAGAUUUUAUUAUGUAGGUAAUUUUCAUUUCGUCAGAAAUUUAAUAUAAGUUUUUUUUUUCUUUUUCGCGCAUAAACAUUCUUUUUAUCAUAUUUAGGGCGUUGGAAGAAUAUUUGAUAAUAAAAAAUAAAAGAAAAGAAAACAUGAUUCAUAAUUGAGGAAAAGUGUCGUUCUGUCAAACAAUUCCAUAGGUGGAGAUUAAUCUACUUUUUUUUCAAGCCCACCGUUUAUAAUAAAUACGUAUGCAACAUUUUUUUUUUUUUUUUUGGGAUUGUUGUACUAAUUCAUGAUGGAUCGAUCAGCCUUUACAAAUCACAGUCAUUAUGCGCUGUAUAUGUAAGUGGCAUAUAGAGUAAUUUAUACAUAUAUAAAUAUAUAUUAGCUUGUAAGAAAAAAAGACCAUUGGCUAGAAUGAAAAAAUUGGUUUUGUGCGACAAAAAUAUUUACGUGAUAACAAUAUUUGUAUGACGGUAAUUAUUAUACAGGUCAGAGAAUCAA